AUGGCAAGCCAACAGAGCAAACUGGUGGAAGAAGUGAAUGAGCAUCAGUUAUUUAACAAGGGAGAGCAUGGAGAACAUACAAUCAAGUAUAAAAGACAGGUAGCAGAGAUUGGAUACAAGAAUUGUUGCUCAUGCCUGGAGGCCAACAACGUGUGCAAUUGUGUUAUGGAGGUUGACGCCAAUGACGAUUUUGCCAAGGGCAUUGUUGCUACCACUGGUAGCCAAGAGCAUCCAGAUGCUAACAGCUCCUUCACACAUUCUGUCAUCAAUAUGAUCGGAAUGCUGAUAGGUCUUGGACAACUAUCCACUCCUUAUGCUCUGGAGAAUGGAGGAUGGUCUUCAAUUUUCUUGCUCGUAGGCCUUGGUGUGAUUUGUGCAUACACAAGCCAUGUGAUGGGAAAAUGCCUCAAACAGAGUCCCAAAUCAAGGAAUUACCAGGAUAUAGGAGAGCUAGCCUUUGGAGGAAAAGGAAGAUUUGUUGCUGCUUUUUUCAUUUAUUCUGAGAUUUUCCUGGCCUUGGUGUCCUACACGAUCUCUUUGGGGGACAAUUUAGCUACAAUAUUCCACAACAAACACAUCUACAUAACAUGGAUGAACAUAUCAACUCGUCAUCUUCUAACCAUUAUGGCAGUCUUCAUUUCCUUGCCAAGUCUGUGGUUGAGGGACUUCUCCUCUAUCUCCUUUCUGUCUUCCGGCGGUAUAAUCAUGUCGCUUAUGAUUUUUGCCACUGUAAGCUGGACUGCAAUUAGUUGGGGUGCCAAGGCUAAUCAUAGAAUACCAGCACUUCAACUCCAGAACAUCCCAGGAAUCUCCGGCCUCUACAUGUUCAGCUAUGCAGGCCAUGUUGUAUUCCCCGACAUUUAUAGAGCCAUGAAAGAUCCUUCCAAGUUUACAAAGGUAUCAAUCACAAGCUUCUCCAUUGUUAUCAUCCUAUACUCAUCCCUUGCGUUCAUGGGAGCUAAAAUGUUCGGAGGAGGAGUAAGCUCUCAAAUUACACUAAGUAUGCCCCCCCAUCUAAUUGCUACAAAGAUUGCACUGUGGGCUACUGUUUUGACACCCAUGACCAAAUAUGCCCUUGAAUUUGCACCAAUUGCCAUCCAACUAGAAAAUGCACUCCCCCACUUCAUGAGUUCUCGUUUAAAACAUGCUAUAAGGGCCGCCAUAGGUUCAUUUGUCCUCCUUAGCAUCCUUUUCCUAGCCCUUACGAUCCCCUACUUCCAAUAUGUUCUAGGAUUUACAGGCUCACUUAUCAGUGUUGGUGUCUGCAUCAUCUUACCCUCUUUGUUUUAUAUAAAGAUUUCUGGAUCUCAAAUUUCAAGGGCCACUAUUGCACUCAAUGUCAUAUUCAUAGUAAUUGGUACUUUGUUGGGAGUGUUUGGCACAAUAUCAUCUGGGAAAUCACUCCUAAGGAGCAUUUCACAAGCGUAAAUCCAAAGCAAGGUAAUGAGGCAUGCAAUAGAAGCUGCACCGCGAUGAGAUGAAGCAUCUGACUUUUGAGGAAGAGAAGAAAGGAAUGCGCAGAGCAGAAGAUUGAAAUCGCCUGUAGUUUCAUGAUGUAGUCGAGAUAUAUAUAUCUACAAGCAUAGAAUAAGAAAUUUCUUACAACAUACAGUACUAUUCUGACGAGCAGAAGCACCAUUUUUUGCAGUUCUUGAAAAUGGGUUUGCAGUACCAAAGCGGAAAGACAAAAAUCUCACCUGCCCUAUCCCUAUGAUUGUCUUACGAAACAAACAAUGAGACCACUUUCUUCAGAUGCUUGAACAAGAGAAACUAUACUAAAAAAACAGAUACCACCCCCAGCUAAUCUCUGAAUUGCGGAUGAGAAAUAAAAAAGAGAGAACUUUCUAACUGGACAUCGGAUGAACAGUAACAGACCCUCAAAAAGACAGAUUUUCCGCAUCGAUGGCAUGAUUUACUACUCGGAUUACUCGGUGACCGGAUUACAAGUCCUUGAUGUGAAUGCCCCCCUGCACUUUUAUGUGGCCUGAAAACUUUGGAUGUUGUCCAUCAAGUGCUCCGUGAAAUACGGCGCAGCCGAGAAGGGCUUCAGGGCAUCACAGCAUUCAUUCCCAUGGCUUUUCUGUUGCCUCGGAUCAUG